GGAUACUCGGUAAAAACUGAUAAUUUUGGCCAAAAAUUGAAGGCAAAAAAGCCGUCACAAUUCACUAAAAAACCUUGAAAGCUUAGCAUUUCUUCGCGAUUUAUCACAAACACAAACACUUUAUUCGAAUUGCAGUCAGAUUCUUAAAUUUCUAAUAAUAGAAACCCCUGAAAUUUUCAACUCAGUAAUUUGAGGAUUGCGCUGCAAAAGGGCUCUGAAUUGUUGAACACCAGAAUCAAGAAUGCUGAUACGGCGUUAUAAUCCCAUGUCUAUUUUAUCCUCCUCUUCCUCCGCCGUCUUCAGCCCAGUUCACCGGCAGUUUAGGAGAUGUCCUCUUCCAUUAUUCACUCAAUUUUUGCGACCCCACUUCCCACCUUCACUUCUUUGUACCACCAUAUCCAGUGUCCCAACAACUCUCACCCCUUUAUUCUACUCUACUAACAGUGCAGAAAGCUCCACUACUGAUGCCCCUGAUGAACUGCAGCAUCACCUAUCAAAUUCUAAGCAAGGCCCUUUGAAACCAGGUCUAUAUCUAGUUGGAACCCCAAUUGGCAAUCUUGAAGAUAUUACUCUCAGGGCUUUGCGAGUCUUGAAAUCGGCAGAUGUGAUUCUUUCUGAAGAUACAAGGCAUUCGGGAAAAUUGCUACACUAUUACAACAUUAAAACUCCUCUUCUUAGUUAUCACAAGUUCAAUGAAUCUCAAAGAGCACAAUUGGUGCUGAGGAAACUACAAGAUGGUGAAAUUGUCGCCCUGAUCAGUGACGCUGGCACACCAGGCAUCAGUGAUCCUGGAAUGGAACUGGCUAAGCUGUGCGUGGAUAAGAAUGUACUUGUUGUUCCGAUUCCUGGGCCGUCUGCUGUGGUAACUGCUCUUUCGGCCUCUGGCUUACCUACUAAUGAGUUCACAUUUGUUGGUUUUCUUCCAAAGCAUAAUUCUUCGAGGAAAGAGAAGCUGAUACUUUCAGCAAAUGAAUCAGCCACACAGAUUUUCUUCAUUCCACCUCACAGGCUUUCUCAAUUUCUUGAAGAGGCUGCUUCUAUAUUUGGGGAGAGUAGGCAGUGUGUCAUGGCUCGGGAGAUGACCAAAGUUCAUGAGGAGUUUUGGCACGGCACCAUCGGCGAAGCCAAAGAGGCAUUCUUGGCACGCCAACUGAAGGGUGAAAUUACUUUCUUGAUUGAAGGAAAAUCAAUCAGUAUAGAUGAGGGUCCAUCAGAUUCCCAGCUCGAGAAUGAGUUGAGAGAGCUGAUUUCAGAGGGACAUUCUCUUUCAAUGGCCGUCAAGUUGGUAGCAAGUGGAAAGUCGGUGAAACGAAAAGCAAUAUAUUCUCUUGCAUUGAGGAAAUUUGGAGGGCAACUAGAAUCAGAGGAUGAAUAACCUAACUCUAUCCGUUUGAUAUCUUCUCCAACUGCUUUGAUUAGGAAAGGAGUUUUAUGCUAUUUUCCCCGUUCGUAUGAUACGAGAGUGUGAACUAAGGCAAAGAGAGUGCAGCACACUAUCUAUCGAUGACUGUUUGACUGAAUUCUUGUUAGAGAGAAAGGUUAUUAUUUUAUACCAAUGUGGAUACCAUGGAGUUAAAACCUUUGUUGGAGGACAAGGACAGCAAAUUUGGUAGAGAGCAACAUGAUUUUGAUAGUAGCAAAUUGUUUGUUAAGCAGUCUAUAGUUUUAGUCAUAGAUAUCACAUCUGAUUAUCAUUUUCUUUUUAUUGUUACUCUAUUGUACUUGGAGCUGCAAUUUGGUGUCUGAUGACAUUUUCGAUUAGUUUUUUU